AUGGCCCGCGAGGAGGUGGCGAUGGCUAGUGAAGAGGCGGCGGUAGCCGAGGGGGGCAGCCUGCUGCUGGACAUUGUGGGCUCCCCGCUCAACCUGAGCCUGCUGGGCCUCUGCCUCUUCCUGCUCUACCAGAUCCUGCGGGGCGAGCGGCCCGCGGCGUCGAAAGGCGAGACGGGCCCGCCGCCACUGCCCAAGAUGAAGCGUCGCGAUUUCACGAUGGCGGAGCUACGGCCCUACGACGGGGUGCGCGAUCCCCGUAUCCUCAUGGCCGUCAACGGCAAAGUCUUCGACGUGACCCCCGCCAAGAAGUUCUAUGGGCCCGAGGGCCCGUAUGGGAUUUUUGCUGGAAGAGAUGCAUCUCGAGGUCUUGCCACUUUCUGCCUGGAUAAGGAGGCUCUGAGGGAUGACUACGAUGACCUCUCUGAUCUCAACGCUACACAGCAAGAGACCUUGAGAGACUGGGAGUCACAAUUCACAUUGAAGUAUCACCACGUUGGUAAGCUGCUGAAGGAAGGGGAGCAACCCACUGUAUACUCUGAUGACGAAGAAAAGGACGCCCGGGAUGCAAAGAAAGAGUAGAGGGUGCACUGAGGAACAAUCUGAUUUUGAAUCAUAAAGGAUCAUUUGUAACAUUCCACUUCUGUUCUACAAAUUGCAACAGCAGCAAUGCUUACA